AUGAAUUCGUUUGUCGCGCUUCCCCGGCGCGAGGUGUACGCCCUAGACAACACGGAAAAGGCCAGCCAGCAGCUGCAUGACCACUACCAGCGGAUCCUCGCCCCCCUGUCCCUCUUCCCGGCCACCGUCUCCAGGUUGAGGAGCUCGAUCGACAAAGGGUCCUCUGCCAUCUCGUCCCUGCAGAAGCCUGUGCCUGUGCCCAUCUCCCUGGCCAACCUCAUGCAGCUGCUAAAAGGCCGGAUGGAGGUGGGGACCCAGUGGCAGCAAAUACCCAGCCCACACCAGCGGGCCUUCCAGCAGGUCAUCCUAACUGAGGUCAAGCACAUCUUUAAGGAUGUACAACGUUCCCUAUAUGACCCAGCCUUCAGUCCCCAGGAAAAUAGGGAACUCUACCAGCACCUGGUGACUUACAUUGGCUUGGUAUGCCAGCACCUUUUCCGUCGCUAUCUGUCUGUCAUGGAGCGCCAUCGUGCACUGUCUGUCUUCACGGACUGUGCUAACCUAACUCGCUUCUCUGCCCAACUCUCUCUGGACUGUUCCAGGCUCCUCAAUGUAGCAGCUGUCCGCCACCGCCUAAUAAUGGACACGAAGACCCUGCAACUCCGCCAGACUGAAACGUCCAGGAAACGGGUUAGUAUGGCGGGUUGGAGGUCAACGCAGAUGGACGCGUGCAAUCUGCAUUUCAGCAUUGACUACUUCAUCAGGCUUAUGAAACCUCACAUACCAACGAUGAGACAGAAGAUAGCGAAGGAUAUCAAGGAAUUGGAGGACUUACCUUUGUUAGACAUGAACAAAAUAAAGCAGUUAAAUCUACCAAGACCAAACUCUAGUAGCCACUUUAGACAAAUGCAGUCUGAUGUGAUGACAAUGCCAUGCUCAUGCACCAGUACUUUAGGAGAUCGGCCUAAACUCCAGCGGGUUAAGCAUGCCAUUUCCAGCAGUCUCAAGAGGAGCCAGUCGUUGCCCAAUAUGAGAGUUGGACAGCUCCUAGCAGAUGAACUUGGAAUUCGUUUAUCUGUGCGCCCUAUCAGCCCUGAUCUGCCUUGUCAUUAUGGUGAGACCACUGAAGAUGAUGGGCUCAAGGGAAUGGCCGGGCUGGCUGAGGACCUCCGAAGACUAGCACAGAGAACAGUCCUGAAAAGCAGCCAGCAGAAAGGAGAGCAGGAUGAGGAUUUAGAGCUCCCUCCCCUAAUUAAAGCCUUGACACGGCGCAAGACUAAUGAGGUUCGCCUUGAGCAGCUUCAGAGAAUACUUUGCUCUCUGCAACGAGAGGAGUCCUUUGAGAUGUCACGGAAGAACACCAUGAUUGCUGCCCCAGCCACACAUCCUCAGGCUGCAACAGUGAACUUUAAAGUCAACGAAAGGAUGGUUGUGAAGGCAGCUGAUAUGCAAGUGUCAGAAAGAACCUAUGUAGAAGCUGUGUCUAUGGAGAUAUGUCCAGUAAUUUACAACCACCUCCUUGGAGAGAUAGAUAAUGCUACAGUGAAGUCUCUAGAUGCAAAUCUUUCCACUGGUGAAGAGGUCAGGGAGAUGUACAAGGAACUAAUGAAUACUAUCCCAAAAGACCACCUGAAAUUUGACCUAGGGCCCAUGAUAGAAUCCCCUGCAACCAACAUUGAACUGGCUGGGUGCUUUGCUUCCUCAACAUUGACUAGGGGGAAAAGUGAACAGGUCAUUAAUAAAGAGCUGAGUAACAUCCUGCCACCUGGACCAUUUGUCCCUGAGGAAGUGUCAGAGAGCCCAAAUGUACCCUUCAAAAAAAAUACUGGUAAAAAAACCUCUUGGCUUAAAUGGUGGAAAGCAACAUUCAACACUGAUGAUUACUUGAAAUACAUUGGCACCAAGGAGUCUGACUAUUUGCCAGUGAUAUUUCAUUUAUACAGCGUUAAGGAAGAUGAGGAGCAACAGCCUGUAUUAGAUGAGGUGCAAGUAAAGAAACAAGUGAAAGUGAAGAGAGACGUGAUAAAGAAAGCUGCUGAACUUCAAACCAAGAAGGAAGAGUUUGAGCAUGGGAAGUGGAAUUCCCAAUGUGCCAUGCUGCGGGGGUUGGAAAAUGUUUUUUGCUCUGACCACACAUCUGAGGAUCUCAAGGUCUUUCAGAGAAGGCUGGAAAGACUGUGGACAGUUCUUCAUUUCUCUGAACAGGAAAGGCUGGAUAUGGCAAUUAAGUACAGCGCCAACCCAUAUUACUGGCUGCUCCCAGACAUGCUCCAAGCUUGGGAGACAGCAGCACGGUCUAUCCAGGACCGAGAACUCCUGCUGGCUGAUUUGGAACAGUUUGAAGAAACUGCUUCGAAUCCAAACCGCUUGUUCAACCUGGCCCCCCGCUCCUUCAUAGCACGAAUGAAGGAAUCCAGAACCAGGAACCGCUUGCGCUCUGAGUUGGCCCAGUAUGACUCAGAGCUCUAUAUCAUCCUGAACAAUAUCAAAGAGUCUUACAAUGACACAGUGACCUAUAAGGGACGCCCAUACCUGCAGAAGAUGGCAUGGGAUACAGUGGAGAUGCUCUACUGGCUACAGCAGGAGCGACGUGCCAAUACAUUGAGGAGAGUUGUCCAGAAAAGGGGCCUAAUUAGAAGACUUCCUCCUAUCCCUUAA